AUGCCCCCUGGCCGUCCCCCAAAGCGCCCAAGCGAAGCUGGCGACGCCCCUCUCGACAAUGGCUCACAGCCCAAGAUGAAGCUGCCUCGCCUGGAGCGCAGCACCGAAGAUUUCUCGAGCGUUGUCAAGACCAAGCUCUCACAAUACACGCGGACGGGUCAGGCUUGUGACAGGUGCAAGGUCCGAAAAAUACGUUGCGAUGCCUCCCCUGCAGGCUGUUCCCAUUGCGCGAGCCAAAACAUCGAAUGCGUUGUAACAGACCGUGUAACGGGCCGUACCGAACGUCGGGGCUAUACUCAACAACUCGAAGCCGAAAACAACAGCUUGCUCAACCACAUCAGAUCCCUUGAGAAGGUUCUGGAGGACCACGGAGUCGAAGUCCGGCCAUGGGAAGGGUCAAGCGCCAAUAGAAACCCCUACCCUCCUGGUGUCACGUUGGAUGCCAUGGGGAAUCCCAUCCACGAUCCCAUGUCCCAGGGCGAAUGGCAGCAACAAGGCUCGGUGUGGGUGAGGAAAAGCAGGCAAGGGCCACAGAACACACCAAGUCGUUAUACGAGAUGUUCGCUGUUGGAAUCGAGACCGACAGAGAGCUACCUAGGCGUCAGUUUGGAUAGCGAACCUUUGUCUUCAAUCAAGGGCACGACUUUAUCCGUUCUCGGGACUACGAUCGACAUUACCUCUUUCGACGCCCCCGACAUGGAUGAGCCCUCGCCGACUACCCCCACCGGAUCACCGCUGUACAACAAAUCGGUCAUGGCCUUUUACCAGUCGAUUGUCAGGAUAAACCCGCCAAUGGAGCACUGCGAUCUCCCUUCGAGAAACGACGCCUUUACCUAUGCCCAGUGGUACUUUCUCACCAUCUACCCCUUUAUGCCACUAGUCCACCGGCCCUCCUUUAUGCAGCUUUUGGGUCGCAUUUAUGAUGAACCAGGCUUCAAAGCAACGGUGCCAGAGCUUGUUGUCGUACACAUGUUGUUCGCAACAAUCUAUUUUCAAUAUGGGGUUAGGAAUCGUGAGAAACCAGAGGAGCACGCCCAGCUGAAUAACCUUUCCAACAAGCACUAUCAUUGGAGUUUGAGUAAGUUCUUUGAACUUGCCGUUUCGCAGACGGUUACCGCGGUUCAGGCUUUGGCCAUGCUCGCGUCUCACACUCGCAACUUUCCCAAACCGGGAUGCUCCUUCACCAUUGCCAACUUCGCCAUGAUGAAGGCUAUCGAACUGAACUUCCAUCGGAGUAACAGGAUACCGAAUGGCGGUACAACUCUUGAAAACGAGCUGCGCAAGAGGGUGUGGUGGUCUAUUCUGGGUAUCAUCAUCACGCUCAACGGCCGACUUGGCAGGCCAAUGCCCAUUACAUUGGAGGAAUUCGAUAUCGAGUUCCCAAUCGCUAUUAAUGAUGAGUAUCUCGGAGAAGAUGGCGUCUUGGACCCGUCCAAAAUCGGCCAUUGCUGUUAUCAAAUCGGGCUCGCCGGCUUCCGGGCCGUUCCUCUAUACAUGGAGAUGUAUUCCAGCAUUUACAGCGUGAGGCGUGAUCCGAAGAAGUAUUUGGAUGUUGUUUUCGAACUCGAAAGAGCAAUGGAGAAGUGGAAGUCCGAACUCCCCGACUGUCUGCGAGUGGAUAAGUGUCAGCAUACCGAAUCGGUGUUUGCACUGUAUACCGAGGCCAUUAGUCUCGAGUUUCACCUUUGUCUUAGGCAUCCGUCGGUAUGUCUAGAAAAGGACAAAGCUUUCUGUGCCGACAACACAAGGAAGUGUGAGGAGAUAGCUCGGAAGCUAUUAAAAGUGCUAGGCGAGUUGUUGAAAAUCAAGUCGCUGGACACAACAUGGUACCAGUUAUCGGUAUAUGUUGCCUCCAUUUUGUCGAUACUGGUCGCGAACUGGGAGAGGCGGCAUGAAAUAACGCAUGUGGAAAUCGCCACUUUGAGGGCGGACAUGGCGUUGGGUCUCGAGAUCAUCGGCGAGAUUGGUCGACUACUUGGGAAUCGACUAGCAAGUGAAAUUGGUACAAUCACCGAGCGAACAAUCGCAUGGAUCGAACGUGACAUGACCCGUAAGGAUGGCUUGUCAGUCGAUCAGACCAUAGUCAAACAACCAUCAGUAUCACCAUUCCAGCAGCCUCUCCUGCCGUUCAAACAACCACUCAACGGCAAUGGUAUGCCAUCCAGCAACUCGGUCACAUCCAACGACCACCGCAGCAGCGUGAGCACAAACGGGACGGGGUACUACGACGGCUCAGCAACCCCCUACCAAACGAUGUCCCUGAAUGACAACGGCCACCCAACCAGCAACGGCGUCAACCUAGCACCCUAUGACCCCUCCGGCGGAAGCGCACAAUACCUCUACGCAACAGCCACCCCAACCUCCACAACAGCAACUCCGCAAAGCGUCACCGCAGCGAUGGACCAAACCUCCUCCGCCACCAACCCCCUGAUAGCCUUUGCCUCUCAAGCCACCCAACACGUCUCCGCAACAGGCCAAUCGGGCACCGGACCCGAAGACUGGCGACCACUACAAGUCCACCCGCAAUUUGCAACAGCUUCCAACACACCUAACAAUAACCCCUGGCAUGACUGGGCGGCGGCCAUGGCUGAUUCGCAAGAGCGGUACAGCGCCAGUGCGCUGCUGACUCUCGGGUCGACCAGGCCGGGAGAGGUGUCUGGGGCAGGAAUGGUCGGUCAUUCGCAUGCGCAUGUCAACGGCGGAGCUGGACACGGAACCGGAGGCGGAGCUGAUGGGUUGGGGGUCUCGAUGGCAGUCUCGGCGGCAGCGUCGGCGGUAGGUGGUGGUGGUCAAUGGCCGCUGCUAUUGUUUUCGGACGUUAUUGGGAAUGGGAAUGGCUCGUAG